AUGUCGAGCGCCGAUCAGCCUCCGACCCAGUCUCGAGAGCAAAACUGGUCUCAGGUCUCGAGCACUGUCGUCGAAGUUGCCCACACAGUGGACGUUCACGUUCAACCCGUGUGCUUCGUCGAUCUGAGCGAGGAAAUUCACGCCUUCGCGCAGCUAGAAAAGUUUGCGAAGUGUGAAUCAUCCGAAGUUAUCAUAGAUCUUAAUGUCCGAAAUACACAUCAAGCUGUUGGGGCCCUCGUUCGCUGUCUGGAGGAGCGCGGAAAGUUGCCAGCUCACUCCGGAGACUUGCUACGGCGGCAGCUCCUUGGCGCAGAGCCACCGUCACUCUUUCAACUUGCACAGCAGGGGCUUCAUAUGUCUAGUGGGGGAGACGUACUCGGCCACGCUUCUGGAUACUGGACACAUAGCAUACAGGGGCCCUCUUUUAUUAUUGGGUAUACCGAAACCCCUUUGUUGCUUAGUGACGAGGAAGCAGUAGCAGUUGCACGGCUCGCACACCCGCUCAACGCUGGGGCACUCAACAACUCGCUGACACGCUUCCUAGUACUUGUACUGACGCUUGCGCACGAUACACCCCAGGUUCGCCGGGCGUCCGAAAUGGCACGCGUUUUCGCUUCGCUUUUCGCAGAUGAAGUAUUCUACGACGAAGCUGUCGAGGCGUCCGAUAGAGCUUCUUUCCUGGAGGCUAUCCAUCGUUUCCUUGAACGGCAACGGGACGCUGCACGAGAACGCGAAGCGCUGCAUCGAAGCGUUCGAUUGGCGACAGCAGCCACGGUGACUUUCUUCGAUGAUGAUAAUCAUGUUGAUGGUGAUGGCGUUGCGGAGUAUCUUGGUGGUACAGAUGGCGGUACCCUUUCUGGGUGCAGAACAAAAGAUGUGACUAUUAACGACAAUUUUGGUAUCAUGAACGCUCGCCUCGACCGAUACUUCAAAGCACAAGGAUAUUCGAAUCUGGAUACGGUGCCACGCUGGAAGUACUGGUUGGCGCUGUUCUUUCGCUUUCCGGGGGUAUUGAUGGCUGCAGAUCUUCGCCGCCGUCUACCCCAUUAUCGAUCCGACUGGACAGCGGAAUGGAACAAGAUUCACGCUCUCGGAAAGUAUUUCUUCGCGAGUAUUUUUCUCAUAUUUACAGUCACGUUGCCUGCGAUUGUUUUCGGCGUUAUAGCGAGUCGCACGACUCACGGAGAGAUUGGUGUCAUCGAGUGUCUGUUUGCCCAGGGUGUACUGGGCAUUGGUUUUGCGUUCUUCAGCGCCCAGCCGCUGAUGGUGAAUAUGGUCACUGGUCCCACCAUCGUCUACAUUCAAGUGCUCUAUCGCUGGUCCCAGAGGCUCGGGUUCGCAUUUCUCCCCUUUUUCGGAUGGACGGGUAUUUGGAUGGGCAUUUUUGUGAUGUCGUAUGCGAUCAUGAAUACGUCAACACUCAUACCGUACCUUGGCCGAUUCACUGAUGAGAUUUUCCAAACCUUUAUUGGAAUCAUUUUUAUUCAAUAUUGGUUUACGGAAUUUGUCCGAGUUACGCACACCGGUUACGAACAGGUCCUUUUAUUCUUGGUGCUUUCUCUGGGAACGCUUCUGCUUGCGUUACUUCUGGUGUCUGUACGAGGCAGUUUCCUGCUACGCCCCAUACUGCGAUCCAUUCUGGGGGACAUCGGCCCCGCUCUCUCUGUUUUCAUUUGGACCGGUCUGUCGUACGCGUUCGAUCCGAUUGAUGUGCCUCGUCUGCAGAUACCGGGCUCUGUUGGUUACAGCACAACGACUGGACGACCGUGGAUUGUCCCCCUAGGAAGUCUAUCCGUCGGCUAUGUAUUUUUGGCCAUCGUUCCCGGCUGGCUGCUCUCGCUCAUCGUCUACAUUGAUCAACAGGUGUGUACUUAUAUCGUGGAACGACCGGAAAAUCGCUUGCGCAAAGGCACUGGGUACAGUUGGAAUCUUUUUGUGACUGGCGCUCUUGCCGUUCUUGCCUCGAUUCUCGGCAUACCUUGGAUGUAUGCAGGGCUGCCACACUCGCUUUUGCACGUUUAUGCACUUGCUGAAAUUGAGGACAUAGAGCUCAUGGGAAGACGAUGGAUACGUGUUCUUCGUGCGCGGGAGGUGCGCAUUGCUGCACUAAGCGCUUACCUCUUUGCCUUGUUGAUCAUUCUGGCCAAACCAGCUCUAGAUCAGCUGCCGAUCUAUGUGUUGUACGGCUUUAUUCUGUACAUGGGUGCAGCUUCAUUUCUGAACAACCCUCUCUGGGAUCGAUUCGUUCUCUUGUUUACGCAGCCAACCAAGUACCCACCGACACAUUAUGUUCGACGUGUCCCCAUGAGUCACCUGCACCUCUACACCUCUGUUCAGGUAAUCCUUACAGUCGUUCUCUUUUUUGUCGCGGUCAAUUUUUAUCGAGGUGCAACUCUAUUCAAUACUGGCCUCAUCUUUCCAUUGGUCCUGUUCCUUUUCGUCCCAUUCAAGUGGAUGGUGUUGUAUCGCUGGUUUCCGCGACGUGAGCUGCGCGUGCUUGAAAAUCAGCUUUAG